CAUUUAUUUUUUAUCACUGUAUUUCGAAAUCAAUGCAUUUUGAACAAAUGCAAAUACUGUCAUUUGAAUCCAUCGGCCAUGGGCGGCAGUUCUAUGGUUUCUUGAACAAAUAAAUGUAUUGUUUAUGUUAACUAACUACAUGGUGACGUUUAGACACGCAGAACAUAAAUGUUGCCUAUCUUUUUGCCACGGUGACAUCUUUGUAGUGUUUUGUCACGCAGAUCUAGUUUUGACUGGUUUAAUCUAGUCCCAUGAGCAUGCGCACUUGGUGUAAACAGGAAGAACAGACUAAAAGCAGCGAAAACUAUAAAGGCAAGAAUGAGCGGACAAAAAGGAGCGAACGUUUUGAUUUUCUUUGUAUAUUAACCAACGUAAAUUAUGCCCUAUACCAUCUUAUGCAAAUUUCGAUUACAUCUUGUAGAAGCAGUCGCCAGUUUUCGAGAAUUUUCAUAGACUCGCUAAUAUCGUACGCCAGCAAACGUCGGACGGAUAGUGACGUGAUUGAUUUCGUUUUGCUUGGAGAAUUUGCUCGUUAAAUUGCAUUUAACAGCAACUCUGUGCUAUCUGCAUUCUUUCGGCUUUGGUGGCUUUACACCGAGGGAAAUAAUGGUUCAAAAAGAUAAGACACUGGAGACGCCUCAAGUGGACGGUGAGCCGAUCCCCAGCCCUGUCUCCGGAGAGGCUUGUGCCGAGGCCCCUGGCCCGGUGGAAGAGUCUGGCAUCGGAAACGAGCCGACUGGCCACAGAAAAUUCAUUAGUGGAGUCGUGGAAGGCUUUUAUGGUCGACCAUGGACGAUGGAACAGAGGAAAGAGCUGUUCAGAAGGCAACAGAAUUGGGGACUGAAUACAUACCUUUACGCACCUAAAGAUGACUAUAAACACAGAAUGUUCUGGAGAGAGCUGUACUCAGUGGAAGAAGCAGAGCAACUUAUGACUUUAAUUAGUGCGGCUACGGAGCAUGGGAUAGAGUUCAUCUAUGCCAUUUCCCCUGGACUGGACAUCACCUUCUCCAACCAGAAAGAGGUUUCAGCACUCAAGAGAAAACUUGAUCAGGUUUCUCAUUUUGGCUGCAAAUCAUUUGCCUUACUUUUUGAUGAUAUUGACCACAACAUGUGCCCUGCUGACAAAGAGGUGUUCAGCUCCUUUGCACACGCUCAGGUUUCCAUCACAAAUGAAAUCUAUCAGUACCUUGCGGAGCCUGAAACUUUCCUCUUCUGUCCCACAGAGUACUGUGGAACAUUCUGCUACCCAAAUGUCUCUCAAUCCCCAUACCUGCACACAGUAGGAGAGAAACUAUUGCCUGGCAUUGACGUGUUAUGGACAGGUCCCAAGGUGGUGUCCAAAGACAUCACAGUGGAGUCUAUUGAAGAGGUGUCAAAAAUCCUGAAAAGGGCCCCAGUGAUUUGGGACAACAUCCAUGCCAAUGAUUAUGACCAGAAGAGGCUUUUCUUGGGUCCAUACAAGGGCCGUUCCACCGAGCUCAUCCCCAGGCUGAAAGGAGUGCUCACCAAUCCCAACUGCGAGUUUGAGUCUAACUUUGUAGCAAUCCACACUCUGGCCACCUGGUACAAGUCUAAUAUGAAUGGGGUCCGUAAGGAUGUGGUCAUGACGGAUGGUGAAGACAGUACAGUGUCCAUCCAGAUCAAGUUAGAGAAUGAAGGCAGUGAUGAAGAACUGGAGACAGACAUGCUCUACAGCCCACAGCUUGCUCUAAAACUGGCUCUCACAGAAUGGCUUGGAGAAUUUGGUGUGCCUCAUCAAUACAACAGCCGACAGGUACCUCAGAGUGGUGCCAAAAGCACAGCCAUUGAUGUGGCAUCCAUGGCUGCCCCCUCGCUCUGCUCCUCCACAACAGUCACAACUGUUUUCCAGCAGCCCAUCAUGUCUCCAGCAAUGCCACCUCUCUGUCUGGAUCCACUGUCACACCCUAUGGCAAAAACACCUCAGGAGGUAGAGGAGGUGGAGGUGGAGAAGAAGGAAUCAGAUGAGGAACCCAUGGAAAUGGUAGUUGAGAAGCAGGAUGAGCCAGAGCCAGAAGCAGAAGCUGACCUAGAGGAGAAGCAUGUUGGUCCUAUCUUAGCUGACAAGAUGGCUGAGGACCUGAGGCCCAUGGAUACAGACAAGGAGAGUGUGGCAGAGUCAAAGUCCCCUGAAGAGUCUCUACAGGAGGACUCUGGGAGUGAUAUCGCCCCUAUGCAGACAGAUGAUCAGCUUAAACAGGAUGGGUUUGUGCCUGGGUCCAACGAAAAGCCCCUGUUCACAGUAGAUCCUCUCACACUUGAGGACCUGGGCUUGUUGGCAGAGCUCUUCUACCUGCCUUAUGAACAUGGACCCAAGGCCAUGCAGAUGUUGAAGGAGUUCAACUGGCUACGAGCCAACAGCAGUGUAGUCAGUGUCAACUGCAAGAGAAAGGAAACAGAAAAGGUCGCUGAAUGGCAAUUAAGGGCAAAAAGGUUUGAAGAGAUGUGCUGCUCAGUCAUCCAUAUGUUCACACGGCUGUCCAAUUCAGCCAACCGCACCAUCCUAUAUGACCUCUACCCUUACAUCUGGGACAUCAAGAGCAUGAUUUCUAUGGUCAAGUCUUUUGUCCAGUGGUUAGGGUGUCGUAGUCAGUCCUCAGCACAAUUCCUUAGAGGAGACCAAGAGCCCUGGGCCUUUAGGGGAGGUCUAGCAGGAGAGUUCCAGAGAUUGUUGCCAAUAGAUGGGGCAAACGAUCUUUUCUACCAGCCUCCACCUUCACUGCCAACCUCCAAAAUCUAUACCAUAAGGCCGUACUUUCCCAAAGAUGAGGGUGCGGUUUAUAAAAUCUGUAAAGAAAUGUACUGUGAAGGAAUGGAGGAUGCACCUUUCUCUGAUGAUGACCCUGACCUCAUAGGAGACAGGUUAGUAGGAGGUCUCCUGACUCUGAGCUCAGACUAUGGGUUUGUGUUAGAGGAUGAUGAAGGGAUCUGCGGUUAUGCUCUUGGCACUGUGGAUGUCAAGCCCUUCAUCAAGAAAUGCAAACUGAACUGGAUUCCUUUCAUGCAAGAGAAAUACCACAAACCUGACAGCCAGAAGGACCUUACUGAGGCUGAGAAGAUGAUGUUGAGUUUCCAUGAAGAGGAGGAAGGUCUUCCAGACUCUUUCCUCUCCAACUUUCCCUCUCUCAUCAAGGUUGACAUUCACGCCAAGGUCACUGACCCCAGUGUAGCCAAAAGCAUGAUGGGAUGUCUUCUGUCUUCUCUUAAGGCCAACGGGUCCCAUGGUGCAUUCUGUAAGGUUCGUCAGACUGACAAGAGAAUGUUGGAGUUCUAUAGUAAGCUGGGGUGCUUUGAAGUGGCCAAAAUGGAGGGCUUUCCCAAAGACAUCAUCAUUAUGGGACGCAGCCUAUGAAGAGUUGUCCUGCUACAAAAAAAGACAGCAAGUCAACACGGCUUAAACAUGUUUCCUACCUUCAUAAGAAUAACUUCCACGAUGAUUUGAUACUAAGUUACCAUCUGGGCUAGCUCUGGGAUCUGUGUACGGAAGCACAACAGCCGCACCCACAGUUGCCCUAUGCUGCCCUUAGAUGAUAUGGCUCUGUUGGAUUUAGCAGAUCUGAAGCUAAAAGGCCAAGGUGAGAUCUGUAGUCAGUUCAUUUGAGCCAUUGAGUGGCACUUCAGCAAUGAUUUCUGGGGUCCCCACUACUCGUAUACCUCCAGGAGGCAGGAAAUGAUAACUCCAUAAACUUCUUUUGUUUUAUUUAUUUAAUCCAGUAGCUGUUAACGUGGAUAUUGCCCACAUGCCCAAACACAAUGUGUCUGUACAUGAAUACAUGAAAUGAGGGCAGCCUCUAUCUCAAGUAGUCUUACAACCCCCCAAUUCUGCUUUCUCUGCACUGAGAAAUAACACCGCUGUUGACAUACAGUAUGUAGGACACCUUUAUACAGGAUGCAAGGGCCUGUGUGACAGUUUGCCUUUCAUCAGCACAUCAUGGAAUUUCCAACUACUCCACAACUAACUUGGAGAAAGGGGCCUUUCAAGUGGCAUGUUUCUAACAAAAAGUGAUUUGAAAUACUGAGUCUGUACCAAUGGAGGAUGGGAAACUGUAGCUUUUGGGGUUUGUGAAAUCCUCUAAAAAGAUUAUCACAGGCCAGCACAUUUGCUAUAAAUCUUUGUUGAGGCUAUUAAAGGCUCGGCCAGGGCAUUUUCUGAAAUUCUGCUCAAAUAUUAUUGUUCACUAGGAAAGCAAUAGAAAAGUUUCCCAAGGGUUACUAAUAUGGUUGUCGGCCUAUUUCUGCUUAAUGCUUUGCUUUUGACCGUUCUGUAUUUUUGCAAUUCAGCCAUUGGUUUUCUUACUUCCCCUUUUAGCUCUUGCCUUUUGGAUUAUAUACCAGGAAUAGGGCGGUUUUGGACAUUAGCUUUGUUUUUACUCAAAUUCCACAGAUGUGGCCUGAUAGGUCCUAAUAUUGCUCUACCAAACCCCAAACUCCAGCACAGAAAUCCGUUAGUAGAUCUAAGAUGACUGACAGAAAUAUCUCUGUCAGAGAAACCACAGACUGCCUAGGUAAGUUCUGUAAACUGAUAUAUUUACAAAAUGUUAUGGAAAUGUAAAGUUUUUUUUUUGUAUGUUUAUAUAAGUAUUUAAAAUGAUGAUGACUGAUACACAGUUCCUCUUGGAAAUAAUGAAAAUCACAGUCAACAUUUGCUAAAUUGUGAUACCUAGUGGGACCAAAAUCUUGAUUCUGAUCAGCUAUAGUAAAAGGUUUUUGGCAUUAAUUCACAUUGAAAUUAUAUGAGGUAAAAUUAUAAAAGAACCCAAAAAAUAUAGAAGUAUUAACCUCUAGAUCUCUUAAGGCUGCUCAGUUCUUUGUAACCACUAAUUUAAAACACGCUGUGCUUAAAGGUCACUGGUAAUAAUGACUAAUCCGUUUACAUCCUCCCUGCUUUGUUUCAACAAUGCACAAAUGUCUCUAAUGUCCUCUCCAGUGGGCCUUGGUGAGCACUGUAAGAAUCGCAGAGGUGGUGAAAUCCUGUCACCACACUUGGUACUGGCUCCCACACUGAUGAACUGUAGUUAAGGGGGUUUGGAGCACAAAUUCCUAGGCCUUUUAGUAUAUUCAUUGAAUGUUUUAUAUUCUAAUGCAUUUCUCAUCUGUUUUUGUAAAUCUACAUAGCUGAUUACAAAGGCACUUUGACCAUAGACUUUAUGUUCUGGUGGUUACAUGAGGAUCAUCUCUUUUUUUUUUUUAGUAGCUAUCUGUCAAUGUGAUGUUUUGAUACUGUGUACAUUCAUAAUGUGCAUGAGGCGUAUUGGAUGUGGUGUGGCAGUUGUUAGAAUAAACAUCUUUUGCUGCAUAGGGGAAGAAGCAUGUCAUUCACCUCUGUGAGCAUACUGUAGUAUGUAGACAGUUUGUUAAUGCUGCCAAUCAAAGUGUUAUUUUGUAUAUUUUUACUAAAACUGUGGAUAGUGUCCUGUUUCUUUAAGGAAGGCAAAAUGCUGCCCUCAUUAUAAUGCCCUGUCCUGUACAGCCGUCCUACCUGCCUGUGUUUUCAGCAAGGUGUGAAGCUGCCCACCAACAGAUUAGCUGUGCAUCUUCAGAAACAACAGCAGACUCUUUACACGUUUUAAAUAGUUUAUUUUGCAGUUUGUUGACACUCGAGCUUCAUCGUCUGUGCUGUAGGCUGUGAUUGAGAGAAACGGUUUGUACAUUUUGAUUUUGAGGGUGUAAUAUAAGUGACAGUUUACCAGUGUAAAAUUGUAAGAUGCAUAAAAUUAAAAACUAAUAAAUCAUAA